UCUUUUGUUCCCUUGCAAAUAAAUAAUAACCACCCCUUAACGAUCCCCACAAAACCCAAAAUAAAAAUAAAAGUAAAAAUAAAGCAUCACAUAAUUCACACCUCAACCAACCCCCAUAACCCAAACCAAACACAGAUCUCUCUCUCUCUCAAUCAUUCUAUUUUUUUUUGCUUUCGGGGGUUAACUAACAAUGCAUCGGAAGCCAUUGGAGAACGGAGUCGAAGGCGAUGAUGAACGAGAAGAGGCUGAAGAUUCGGAUGAAGAUGAAGAAGAAGAUGAAGAGGAAGAAGAGGAGCCCAGGCUCAAGUACCAGAGAAUGGGAGGCAGUGUGCCCUCCCUCUUGUCUACCGACGCCGCCUCUUGUAUUGCCGUUGCGGAGCGAAUGAUUGCUCUCGGCACUCACGCCGGUUCCAUUUAUAUUCUUGAUUUCAUCGGCAAUCAAGUAAAGGAAUUCUCUGUUCAUUCUGCUACUGUCAAUGAUCUUUGCUUUGACAUAGAAGGUGAAUACAUUGGAAGCUGUUCAGAUGAUGGAUCUGUUGUAAUAAACAGCUUUUUUACUGAUGAGAAAAUGAAAUUUGAGUAUCAUCGCCCGAUGAAGGCGAUUGCUCUGGAUCCAGAUUAUACAAGAAAAUCAUCCAGAAGAUUUGUUGCUGGUGGUUUAGCAGGUCAUUUAUAUUUUAAUGUGAAGAAGUGGAUAGGCUAUCGUGACCAGGUUCUGCACUCUGGUGAAGGCCCAAUUCAUGCAGUGAAAUGGAGAACAAGUCUCAUUGCUUGGGCUAAUGAUGCAGGUGUCAAAGUUUAUGAUACUGCUAAUGAUCAGCGUAUAACCUUUAUUGAGAGACCACGAGGAAUCCCACGCCCUGAGCUUUUGCUUCCUCACAUAGUUUGGCAGGAUGAUACUCUCUUGGUAAUUGGCUGGGGAACAUCUGUGAAAAUCGUAUCAAUAAAAACAAAUCAGAAUAAAGGUGCGAAUGGGACUUAUAGGCAUAUUUCAAUGUCUAGUUUGAACCAGGUGGAUAUUGUGGCAUCAUUCCAAACCAGCUAUUUCAUUUCUGGAAUAGCUCCCUUUGGUGAUUCUUUGGUUGUUUUAGCUUAUAUUCCGGGGGAAGAAGAUGGAGACAAGGAAUUUAGCAGCACUAUUCCAUCACGCCAGGGAAAUGCUCAGAGACCAGAAGUGCGUGUAGUCACAUGGAAUAAUGAUGAGCUUGCAACAGAUGCAUUACCUGUCCAUGGCUUUGAGCAUUACAAGGCAAAGGACUAUUCCCUUGCCCAUGCUCCAUUCUCAGGUAGUCAGUGGGCUGCUGGUGAUGAGCCAUUAUACUAUAUUGUAUCCCCAAAGGAUGUAGUUAUUGCAAAACCUAGGGAUGCAGAAGAUCAUAUUUCUUGGCUUCUUCAACAUGGAUGCCAUGAAAAAGCUUUAGAAGCCGUUGAAGCUGGCCAAGGGCGGAAUGAGCUUCGUGAAGAGGUGGGGUCAAGCUAUCUUGACCAUUUGAUUGUGGAAAGGAAGUAUGCUGAAGCUGCAUCGUUAUGUCCCAAAUUGUUGCGAGGAUCUGCUUCAGCAUGGGAGAGAUGGGUUUUCCACUUUGCUCAUCUUCGUCAGCUUCCCGUAUUGGUUCCAUACAUGCCAACUGAAAACCCAAGGUUACGUAAUACUGCUUAUGAGGUUGCGCUUGUUGCGCUGGCAACAAUUCCAUCUUUCCACAAGGAUCUCUUGUCCACUGUUAAAUCUUGGCCUCCUGUAAUUUAUUCUGCAUUACCAGUUAUCUCAGCCAUAGAACCUCAGCUUAAUAGUUCAUUCAUGACUGAUGCACUCAAAGAGACACUAGCAGAGUUGUAUGUAAUUGAUGGGCAGUACGAGAAAGCUUUUGCACUAUAUGCUGAUCUUCUGAAGCCGGAUGUAUUUGAUUUCAUCGAAAAACAUAAUUUACAUGAUGCAAUUCGUGAAAAGGUUGUCCAACUGAUGAUGUUAGAUUGCAAACGUGCUGUAUCAUUGUUGAUUCAUCACAGAGACUUGAUCACUCCAUCUGAAGUUGUUUCACAACUUUUGGCUGCUGGGAAUAAGUGUGAUUUCAGAUACUUCUUACAUCUUUAUCUGCUCUCACUAUUUGAAGCUAACCCAGGUGCUGGAAGGGAUUUCCAUGAUAUGCAGGUGGAGCUUUAUGCAGACUUUGAUCCAAAAAUGUUGCUUCCGUUUCUUCGCAGUAGUCAGCACUAUACACUUGAGAAGGCAUAUGAAAUUUGUGUCAAAAGAGAGCUUUUGAGAGAGCAAGUUUUCAUCCUCGGAAGAAUGGGAAAUUCAAGACAAGCCCUUGCGAUUAUCAUAAAUAAAUUAGGGGAUAUUGAAGAGGCUAUAGAAUUUGUGAGCAUGCAGCAUGAUGAUGAUCUUUGGGAAGAGUUGAUAAAGCAGUGUUUUCAUAAGCCGGAAAUGGUGGGUGUGUUGCUGGAGCACACUGUUGGCAAUCUUGAUCCUCUCUACAUUGUAAAUAUUGUGCCUAAUGGCUUGGAGAUACCUCGGCUAAGGGAUCGGCUAGUCAAAAUCAUAACAGACUAUAGGACGGAAACUUCUCUUAGACAUGGAUGUAAUGAUAUUCUCAAGGCUGAUUGCGUUAACCUGUUGGUAAAAUACUACAAAGAAGCACGGCGUGCAAUUCACUUGAGUAAUGAAGAAGAUGAUGCACGUGCUAAAAGGGAUGACAGUAGGGCUUCUCGGUCAACUGAGAGAGCACCGAACACGAGAACUAUGGAGGUUAAGUCUAAGACUAGGGGAGGUGGAAGGUGUUGCAUUUGUUUCGAUCCCUUUUCUAUACAGAAUGUAUCAAUCACUGUAUUCUUUUGUUGUCAUGCCUAUCACACAACUUGUCUUUCGGAUUCUACCAAUUUGGUUAGUGGCAAGAAAUCGGCGGAAGCCACUUCCCAGGAAACAUCAUACUACGAUUAUGAUGACGGCGAUGUUGACCAUGACAACGAUGACGAUGAUGACACUGCUUCAGGUGCCCCGCGGAUCCGUUGUAUCUUGUGUACUACAGCUUCUAGUUGAGUACAAGGUUUGUAUGGGUGUGACAUUUUUCAUGAGGUGUGUUGAUAUAUUUAGAGUAAUGUUAUAUACAAAUAGAUUUCUUAUUUCAUUUUUUUUUUCCUAUUAGACAUAAAGGUGGUGGGUUCUAUUGCUUUGUGUCUAGCGGGAAAAAAGUGAGGUAAGAAAUUCCUUUUAUAUAUAUAGCAUUUUUUUAAUAUAUUUUUGGUGUUUUAGUUAUUAGGGUCUUUGUUGUGCUUCUAUUGUCAAUGUGCCUUGUAUUUUAAUUAUUUAUUUGAUCAAAAUUUACAUUUCUUGGCC